AUGGCAGCCGCUCCAGGUGAUACGGGCCAACUAAAGAGGAUAGGCUUUGAGGUUUUCGGGAGAGUCCAGGCAACAGCAAAGCAGAACAGCAUUGUUGGUUGGGUGAGAAACACGCCUAGUGGAACAGUUGAGGGCGAAGCCGAAGGGUCCGUCUCACAUAUUAAUACUUUUAAAGAGUGGCUUCAGCAUACAGGGAGUCCCAAGUCACGAAUUGAAAAGUGUGAGUUCAGUUAUGAGAAAACCAUUGAUAACCUUACUUUUGAUUCUUUCCGGAUUAUUAAGUAG